GAGAAAAGGAAGGGAGGGAGGAAGAAGAAGAGGAGGAAAAGGAAGGGAGGGAGGAAGAAGAGGAGGAGGAGCAGACCCUCCAACGUGGAAAAGCUCUCCAGCCUCCUCUCUGGUCCCUUCCUGGCCAAGACUUGUUGCAAAGGACCUGCCUGCAUGCUGAGGAUCCACUCGGGAUGUGUUUCUAAUGGGCGAUGGGGGCUGCCAGGGUCUCGACACUGGGGGGCCGCCCUGGGCAGGCUUUUGGGGGGGACUGAAGGAGGCAGGGGAGCCCUGCAGCCCAGGCAUCAUGCAGAGGAGCAGCCUGGUGGGCAUGCCCAGCCCGGAGCCCAGCGGAUCCUACUCGCAGCAGUUCAAAGCCAUGAGGUUUUCCUACCACAUCGAAGGGGGCGCCCCCUCUGCCUCGCCUGCGCCCCACAACCGAGCCGGUCCUGCUCAUCCCCCACGGCUCCUGGUCAAGAGUCUUUCCUUGGAACCCAGCCCAGAACCUCGCUCUCCAGAAGCCCCCCAACGCCUCAUCUCUGACCCAGGACCUGACAACAUCCAAGGAGAAGCAGCCAAGCUCAGACCACUGAAACGAAACCCAGGACCAAAACCACAAGUCCCUCCCAAACCAGCUUAUCUGCAGACUCUCCAUCCACUACGACUGCCUGAAUCCAUCCCGCCACCUCCAUCGCGACCCCUUCCAGCUGAUCCCCGUCUGAGCCGGAGCCCCCUGCCAAAAGAUGGAUCGGGGCCACUCUCUGCUGUCUCCUGCCUCAUCGAGAAGUUUGAAAGGGAACCUGUAAUCCUUACCAUUGAGCCGGCCCCCUCCCCGUGCCCCAGCCCAGAUCUCCAAACACCAGAGGCUGGCUCAAUGGAGCCCUUGGUUGACCACCCAGCUUCCCUGGAAUCGGCAGAGCUGGCUCACAAACUGCUGGACCUCCUGGCACUGGAAGGAGGACAAGAAGCUGGAGGGAGCGUUGCCUGCUUACCUUCUCAUGAUGGUGGAAAGUUGGCAAACAGAGACAGUGGCAUUGACAGCAUUAGCUCACCAUCCAACAGUGAGGAAAUCUGCUUUGGAGGAGAUGAAGGCACUGGAGAGGGAGCAGGGGUACCAGUGCCACCCGUCAGCCUCAAACGCCGCUCAACACGUGAUUCUGAAGGGGACAGUGACAUGGAUGAUGGGAGUGGGGAUGAAGCAGAGCUGCUGCAUGACCUUCCACCCCCACAGCCAGAGAGACAGGACUCUGAUGAGAUGACAGUACCACAGAAAGUCUUCCGAAUUGCUAAUGAACUUCUCCAAACAGAAAAGGCCUAUGUCUCUCGCUUGUAUCUCUUGGACCAGGUCUUCUGUGCCCGUCUACUGGAGGAAGCACGCAGCCGAAACUCUUUCCCUGCUGACGUGGUGAUGGGCAUUUUUGCUAACAUCUGCUCAAUUUACUGCUUUCACCAGCAGUUCCUUCUGCCAGAACUGGAGAAACGUAUGGAAGAGUGGGACCAACACCCCCGCAUUGGAGACAUCCUCCAAAAACUGGCUCCGUUCCUUAAGAUGUAUGGCGAGUAUGUCAAGAAUUUUGACCGAGCGAUGGAGCUGGUCAACACCUGGAUGGAACGCUCCACACAGUUCAAAAGCAUCAUCCAUGAAGUACAGCGAGAAGAGAUCUGUGGGAACCUGACCCUGCAGCACCACAUGCUGGAGCCUGUCCAGAGAAUCCCUCGCUACGAGCUGCUGCUGAAGGACUAUCUCCUCAAGCUGCCUACAGACUCGCCUGACUGCAAGGAUGCCCAGAAAUCCUUAGAACUUAUUGCCACUGCAGCAGAGCACUCAAAUGCAGCCAUCCGCAAAAUGGAGAGAAUGCACUCAUUGCUGAAGGUCUAUGAGCUGCUUGGAGGUGAGGAAGACAUCGUCAGUCCAACAAAUGAACUCAUCAAAGAAGGGCACAUCCUCAAGCUUUCUGCCAAAAAUGGAACAACGCAAGACCGGUACCUGAUCCUGUUCAAUGAUCGCUUGCUGUACUGCGUGCCAAAGCUUCGUCUCAUUGGCCAGAAAUUUGGAGUCCGUGCUCGCAUAGAUGUAGAGGGGAUGGAGCUGAAAGAGACCAGCAGCCUCAAUGUGCCCCGGACCUUCCUUGUAUCUGGAAAGCAAAGAUCCCUUGAACUUCAGGCCAGGACUGAAGAGGAGAAACGAGACUGGAUCCAGGCGAUACAGGCAACAAUCCAGAAGCAUGAGCAGACUCUGGAAAUGUUCAAGCAGCUGGUCAGUGAAGAUGAAACACCACCCAAUUCGCCAGGGUGUGAGCUUGGCCGACGGGCCCCCACGCCAAUCCGAGAAAAAGAGGUGACCCUGUGUAUGCAGUGCAAGGAGUCCUUCAACGCCCUUACCAAGCGGAGGCACCAUUGCCGAGCCUGUGGCCAUGUUGUCUGUGGGAAAUGUUCAGAGUUCCGGGCCCGGCUGGUAUAUGACAACAACCGGCCUAACCGUGUCUGCAUGGACUGCUACACAAUGCUACAGGGCUCCCCUGCCAGCCCCUCACCACACCCAAACACACCCCAGCGUCGAAGAUCCAUUCUGGAGAAACAGGCUUCUGUGGUGGCAGAAAACAGUGUCAUCUGCAGCUUCUUGCACUACAUGGAGAAAGGAGGGAAGGCCUGGCACAAAGGCUGGUUUGUCAUCCCUGAAAAUGAACCCCUGGUGCUGUACAUCUAUGGAGCUCCACAGGACGUGAAGGCCCAGCGCUCGAUGCCUCUGAUUGGCUUUGAGGUGAGUCUCCCUGAGCCGGGCGAACGGGUGGAUCGGCGCCACGCUUUCCGGAUCAGCCAGAGCCACCUGUGCUGGUAUUUCAGCCCUGAGACUGAGGAGCUCCGGCAGCGAUGGAUAGAGGUGUUGAGCCGGGCUGGCCGCGGAGAAGAAGCCAAAGGGCCACCUUCCAUUGUGGAGGCCGACGAGGAUACAGAGGCAGAGAGAACCUAGACUUGGAGGCUAUGGGAGAAGGAUCAAGAGUGGUCUCUGCCUGGCCUGGGGAACGUACUUGCCAUACUCUGUCCAGUAUACUUGAAACAUUUUCCCUUCCCCAUCCUCUGGCAUUUCUUCAUCAACGUCAAGGACCUGCCACGGGACACCCCCUGCCUCUUCCGUUACAAAGACUUCCCUGCGCUUCCUGACCGUAGGAGUGAUAAUACAUGCACUGAGACUUACGCCAGGGCGGUUCCUUGUCCAGCCUUGGCAUGUGGGAACCCAAUGCAUUCCCCACUCCCCUGAAGAAGAAACUUGGAUUCCUAUAAGCAGAUUUCUUCCCUCCAACAUGCCCUCCCCCUUUGUCGUUUACAUCUUGGACCAAUAUCUGUUCUUCCAGUACCCGCUGCUUAUUUAGCACUUACUGAAUAUACUCUCCACUGCAGUGGCUUGGGGAAAGGGUGAAGGAAUGAGAAACUGACAUGGACCCAAUUUUAUUUCAGUGGGGGUUUCUUUGGCCACUUCUUCUGCAUUGCUCUGCCUUCUUUCUUCAUCCUUCCUCCAGAUCUUUGUAUGAUACUAGGUGACAUUUGACUUAUUCAUUUCCCUUUGUGUCUAGCUACUUUGAGAUAGAGAAGGUUGGCUUUAGCCUGUCUCAGAUUUAGCUGACGCCCUCCAUACUUAGGACCUAAAGCCUCUGUCUUUAAGAGCAGAAUCGGAAUUAAGGAUAUGUAAUGUGAGAGAUAAAGAGCUUGUGUAGGAGAAGAAGAAAAAACCCAACUCAGACAAGGCAAGGUCUGCUGUUACCGAGAUACCUUUUCCUCUUUUCCCCCCAAAAUGGUGGACCAGGUGAACUAAUUGCCACAUUCCAAUGCUCGCUUUUCAAUCUUCGACUAUUUUCUUGGUUUCUAAUGGCAGAGUCUUCUGAAGACUUCUCACAAAAA